AUCAUGUGGCGUAGCGGGAACCGCUUCUGGUUCCAUCGGGCAUCUUUCCCCGAAAGGGCAGGCUGGAAGAGGGAGAGAGCCACUCGAGUUGAGAGGGGCAGCCCGGGUCCGCAACACGCCCACUAGCCAGCGUCAAGGGGAUGACUAUCCCGGGAGGGGCGGGGCAGUUUGAGGGCGAGGGCUUUCCGGAGCUUGGACGUCUUGAAGGAAGAGUGGGGAUUGGCCAGGAGACGCGGAGCGGGCAUUUCAUACCCCGCUGAGGGUGCAGCGGAGCCCCCAGGCGAGGCAGGGUUUCCCUGGCGCCCCCAGUAGGGGCGGGACCAACGCCGGAGCUCCGCCCCGCUCUCUGCGGAGGCCGCGCGCCCCGCCCCCGGUUCGCAAAGCGCCCCGCGGCCCUCCAGCUCCUGGAGGGUCUGCGGCUGCGGGGCGAGGGCGUGGUGGUCCGUGUCCCCCAGCUCUGCCGCACCGCCGCGCGGGUCCUGGUCCGAGUCGCGAGUCGCGGGUCACCGGCCGCUGGGCGGGGCGGGAGGCGGGGCGCUGACGUCGCGGCGCGGCCGGCUGCCAGGGAGGCGGGGAGGCGGCGGCCGGCUCGGCCCAGCCUAGCCCGCAGCUGCAGCGGCGGCCGGGUGUGAGGGCGGCAGCGGCGCUUGGAGCCGGCUCCUCACUGCCCUCUGCCGCUGCCCAGUUUCUCAUUUUGUCCGGGUGUCUACGCCGGGUUCGGUCAGUCCUCGCUCGCCGCCGCUUCCCCCGCCAUGGCCCUGGUGCGGGGCGCCGAGCCGGCGGCGGGGCCCUCCCGCUGGCUACCCACGCACGUCCAGGUGACGGUGCUGCGGGCCCGCGGGCUGCGGGGCAAGAGCUCGGGCGCGGGCAGCACCAGCGACGCGUACACGGUGAUCCAGGUGGGCCGCGAGAAGUACAGUACGUCGGUGGUGGAGAAGACGCCGGGCUGCCCCGAGUGGCGCGAGGAAUGCUCCUUCGAGCUGCCGCCCGGCGCCCUGGACGGCCUUCUGCGGGCGCAGGAGGCGGACGCGGGCCCAGCGCCCUGGGCCACGGGCUCUGCAGCCGCCUGCCAGCUGGUACUCACCACCAUGCACCGCUCGCUCAUCGGCGUCGACAAGUUCCUAGGCCAGGCCACGGUGGCGCUGGACGAGGUCUUCGGCGCAGGCCGCGCCCAGCACACUCAGUGGUACAAGCUGCACUCGAAGGCAGGGAGGAAGGAGAAAGAGCGCGGAGAGAUCCAGGUCACCAUCCAGUUCACACGCAACAACCUGAGUGCCAGCAUGUUCGACCUGUCCGCGAAGGACAAGCCACGGUCCCCGUUCAGCAAGAUCAAGGACAAGAUGAGGGGCAAGAAGAAGUAUGAUCUGGAAUCCGCCUCCGCCAUCCUCCCCAGCAGCGCCCUGGAGGACCCCGAGCUGGGCAGCCUGGGCAAGAUGGGCAAAGCCAAGGGCUUCUUCCUCCGCAACAAGCUGCGCAAGUCCUCCCUGACCCAGUCCAACACCUCGCUGGGCUCCGACAGCACCCUGUCCUCGGCCAGCGGGAGCCUGGCCUACCAGGGCCCCGGUGCCGAGCUCCUCACCCGCUCACCCAGCCGCAGCAGCUGGCUGUCCUCCGAAGGGGGCAGGGACUCUGCACAGUCCCCUAAGUUGCUCACCCACAAAAGGACCUACAGCGACGAGGCCAGCCAGAUACGAGCCGCUCCACCCCGGGCCCUUCUUGACCUUCAGGGCCACCUCGACGGGGCCUCUCGCUCCUCUCUGUGUGUCAACGGGAGCCACAUUUACAACGAGGAGCCCCAGGGCCCCCCGCGGCACCGCAGCUCCAUCUCGGGCCCAUUUCCCCCAUCCAGCUCCCUGCACAGUGUCUCUUCCCGGCCCUCGGAGGAGGGGCCCCGGUCCGCAGAUGACUCCUGGGGCAGAGGCAGCCGCCGCACCAGCAUCUCAGAGGCAGUACCCGGACAGGAGGAGCUGAGCUCGCAGGCCAAAGUGUUGGCCGUGGGAGCCAGCCGCUCUGGAGAGGAGGAGGGGGCCCGGCCCUCAGAGGGAAGGCCGGUGCAGGUCGCCACUCCCAUGGUGGCCUCCUCUGAGGCUGUGGCAGAGAAGGAGGGAGCCCGGAAGGAGGAUCGGAAGCCCCGGAUGGGCCUUUUCCACCAUCACCACCAGGGGCUGAGUCGGAGCGAGAUGGGGCGCCGAGGCUCCCUGGGGGAGAAAGGGGGUCCUUCUCUGGGGGCUUCCCCCCACCACUCAUCCAGUGGGGAGGAAAAAACCAAAAGUAGCUGGUUUGGCUUGAGAGAAGCCAAGGAACCAACUCAGAAACCCAGCCUGGACGUGUCUCCUCAGGUAGAACCUGACCCAGCCGCUCUUCCUCACCACCUCCCCUGCUCCCCCUGUGCUCUGGCCCCCCCCACUCCUGCUCCCACCGCUGCUCCCAUGCUAAGCACUAACCUUUUUGCAGCCGCGUCCCCCGCUGCUGCCACUGCUGCCGCUGCCACAGCCAUCCCUGAAGCCACCCCAUCUGGAUUCUUGGGUCUCACCAACCCGUUCCUCACCUCCCUGCAGAGCAAUCCUUUCUUCGAGGAGCUCAUAGCCGACAUAGCACUAAACUCUCCACCUGCUCCCUCUCUCCCCAGUGCCUCCAGGGCCAGCCCCACCCCCCUGGCCUCCCCUGAGAAAGCCCCGCCUGAGUGGGACGACACCUUCAACGUCUUUGCUGCCAGCAGGCUGCGUCCAGAGGCCAGGUGUGAGAUCCUGGCCCCUGCAGGAGUGGGGCUGGAGGCGACUGGGCUGCAAGACCCAGGCCCUGGGGCCAUGACAGUGAAGGCAGCUGAGCCCCAGGGGCCCCCUGGGGGCGGAGGAAGAGGUGGGAGCAGCGUGUGGCUGGAGCCCAGAGUUCCUCUGGACUUGGGACUGGACCACCAGAGCACAAGUGCAGCUAACCUGGGGCGCCUCGGGUCAGAAGGGGCCCGCCUGACCACCACAUCAGCCCAGCUGCACCCGAGAGCCUCGGACUCUGAAGCAGACAGGGAGUUGCCGGCCCCAGGAGGGGAAGCGGGGCAGAGUCCAGCAGACAGUGCGACGACGUCUCUGUUUAGCUCCCCAGAAGUGAUCAGCGUGUGGGAGAGACUGCCGGACCCAGACGGUGCCCCCGAAGGCCAGGACGAGGAGGCCUCCCAAGGUGGGAGCCAGCUUUUCUGUGAACUCAACCCCAUUGAGGACCCCUGGCCUUGGGAUGUGGUCACUGUUUCUCCUGCAGCUGAGACUUCACCAGUCCUGCGAGGAGAGUCUGAUGAGCUGCCUCCUCCCCUGAUGCAGCCAGAGUCACCAGAACCUGUGCGGCCAGAGUCACCAGAACCUGUGCGGCCAGAGCCACCAGAACCUGUGCGGCCAGAGUCACCAGAACCUGAGCAGCCAGAGUCACCAGAACUUGAGCGGCCAGAGUCACCAGAACCUGUGCAGCCAGAGUCACCGGAACCUGAGCGGCCAGAGUCACCGGAACCUGUGCGGCCAGAGUCACCAGAAACUGAACAGCCAGAAUCACUGGAACCUAUGCGGCCAGAGUCACCAGAACCUGUGAGGAGUGAGGGGUUUCCUCCACUGGAGCCAGAGCCCGAGUCCAAACCCAAAUGGGUGUCGGACAAGGGGCUGCAGCCCAACACACCACCUCCCAAGCCACCACGCCUCUUCACAGCCUCAGAUUCCCAGGAGCAGGAGGAGGCAGCGGCAGAGGACGAGGAGGAGAAGGCGGCAGGGGGGCUGAGUAGCAGGGGGUCAGAGACAGGAGAAGACACCUUUCCGAGUGCGCUGGUUGCUGGUCCCCAGGAGGCCACGGACGAGGCCGAGAAACCCGAGGUGGAGUCUGACAGCCAUUCUUCCGCAGCCACGCCGGGUGGGCCAGGCCUGGAAGAUCCAGCAGAGGAUGCCAGUCUUCCUGUGUCUGGGCCCUGCCUCUCUCUGCCCACUAGCUGCCCUCAGGGGUCUGCCCCCACACCCUCUUACUUAGAGAGCUUGGCUCUUCAGAGUCAGCAGAUCUGGAGGGCUCCGGAGAGAGAAGGCCCUGAGGCUCCCGAGGCACAGAGCCAGGAGCCAGCCAGAGAGGAGCUUGGGUCCCUGACUGGCAGCUCCCUGCAGGCUGACCUGUGGGCCUCAGAGGAGGCUGCUUUGGACCCCUUCUUGUCUCAGGGGAGCCAAGACCCUCCCAGCCUCCCGUCCACAUCCCCUCCAGGGUCCAGGGAAUCUUCCAUCCAUUCUGGUCCAGAAGAGUUGCCCACCCCCCCAGAACCUGCCUUUCCACCGCCCCCUCUCCCACCCUGGGCCAGCCACCGCCACGGGGGACCCAGCCCUCCAUGCCCUCCCCUGCCUGGAGCCUGGCCCUUGACCUCUUCCUCCCCACCCCCCGGGGAGCCAGCCUCCCCCACUGGGAGCUCCUCCCCCACCCUACUUGGGGAGGACCGUGCUGCAGUCACCCCAGCCUCCCCGCUUGCGCUUCUGCCCUUGGAGACACGACCAGCUGCGGAGCCACAGCCCAGUAAUGCCAGUCCCCACCCUGUGAAGCCCCUCAGUGCUGCCCCAGCAGAGGGCAGCCCCGACAGGAAGCAGUCCCGCUCCAGUCUGAGCUCAGCCCUGAGCAGCGGGCUGGAGAAGCUCAAGACAGUCACAUCUGGUGGCAUCCAGCCUGUGGCUCCAGCCCCCCAGGUUGGCCAGACCGCGGACACCAAGAGGCUGAAGGACUCGGGGGUGCUGGACCAGUCAGCCAAAUACUACCACCUGACCCACGACGAGCUCAUCGGCCUGCUCCUGCAGCGGGAGCGGGAGCUGAGCCAGCGGGACGAGCACGUGCAGGAGCUGGAGAGCUACAUUGACCGGUUGCUGGUGCGGAUCAUGGAGACCUCGCCCACACUGCUGCAGAUCCCCCCCGGCACCCCCAAGUAGCCUGCUUCACCCUGCCCCCAGAAGGGUUGGCGGCGGCCCACUAGCCAGUGGGGCUGGCGCCCUCCCUCUGUCCCUCCCACUGAACUUAGCCCACCCAGACCUGGGUGCAGCCCGGCCUCCGUGGCCACCCCUCGUUUUCUGUCUCUCCUGCCUCGAUGGGGCUACUUAGGGCUCCCACUGGCGACAGCAAGUUCUGUGUGCAUCGUGUGUCUUUGGGAACCCUGGGUCUUUCUCAUCUGCCUGUUUUUAUACCCUUGGCUUUGGGGGGGGUCCAAGGAAUUGGAACAAAGAAUUUCGCCCUCCAGAUGGAGCGGGGUGAGCUGCAAUUUGAUGUGGUAUGUGGGACAUACUUUAUUACCCCUGUUUCCUCCACGGCUAAACCCCUGUCCUCGCCGCCUCCCUCCAGCCCUGGGAGGGCUCCUAGUAUCCCUGGGCUGUGGCAGGGACCCAGCUUCCCAGUUGUCUGUGAGUUAUGGGCAACCAGGGCACCUCCUCUUCAGCCUCCCGGCCGUUCCCCCAGGAGCAGGGGGCCUGUAUGGUCUCGUCUCGUCUCUGCCAUGUCUGCUUGUUUUCAGCUGUUGUGGAGUGCAGUGUGGAUGGAGGGAGGUGAUGUGUGUUCUCCAGGCCGCUCCCUGCCCUCCUCUUCUGACUUUGGCAUUGAGAGUGAGUGUGUGAAUGGGUGGAGAGCUGGGCCAGGUGUGGGGAGAGCACCUCCUCACCCACCCACCUCUGGGUUUUGGGCUGCUUGUGUUUGGGGGUCAAGCCUCCCACUCUGUUCUCGUUGCCUGUCCAGAAGCCAAAAACUCUGUGCUGCUGCAGGGUUUGAACUUUCGAAAACCAAUUAAAUGUGCCUUUUGUGGGUGGGGUCCAAAGCCUCUGGAUGUAGACCUCUCCCCCAUGGUGGGGUCCCCCUCCCUUCCCAUUGAGCACACGGGGUUGGAUCUGUUGGGGCCGUGGGGGUGGGAAAGGAGAAUGGGGGCAGCCCUGCUGCACACUCUGCCCUCGCCGAGAAUUCAUUUCAACUAAGGGUCUAGCCAAGCUGCUGCUGCUGCUGCCUCAGCCUCCCUGCCCUCCUCUCCUCCUCCCUCAACCCCAGUUGAUAAAGAUCCUAAGAUAAAAACUACACUCUGCAAGAGGGAGGUCCUACUCUGCGUACACUUAGAGAAAGCCUCUGCUGCCCUCCCAUCCCUCCACUAGCUGCUGACCAGCCUGUCCCUCCCGCCCCAUGGCCUUGCCUGGCUUGGCUGCAGUGCACUUUGAAACAAAGUGUCUGUCCUUUGGCCCUGCCUCUGGUUUGCUCCCAGAAAACACGACAGGCUUCCCCAUGGCACUUGCAGGGCAUCUGGGCUGGGGGCACUCUGCUUAGCAAACAGUGUGGGGUGAGGAGGCGAGGUGGCUGAAGGGGCUAUCUUUGGUCCCCGGAGGAGGUGAGAGUUCCUGAGACCACCCCUUCUUCCUGAGACGGCCUGUGGGAUCCCUUGGGAAGCCUUGGAAGGUGAUGUGCUCUGUAGGUGACGUCUUCCUUCUGCCGGGAUGAAGCAGAGGAGCCCCGCGCAGGGGGAAAACCCCUGUCCUGCUAUCUACCUUAAGAACCCCUCGUCAAAGUUGAGGAGUGUCCGCAGGUGCUCAAGACUUUGGGUGGUCAUGGGGGGUUGGAUGGGUCUCUCUCCAGGAGGAAGGGGAUCACUUUUCCAUGAGAUGUUCCUCUGGGCCCUGUUCAGGUCCAGACCCUGGUCUUCCACUCACCCUUGAUCAUGGGCUUCCAAAGUGCCCAGGACAGGGAUGCCUUCAGAAGAGUUCUGAGUUGCAGCCCAGGGUUCUUGUCGGCUGUUUCUGCUCCUAGCCACAACUUGGAGGAGAGUUGCAGGUGGCGUGGGCAGGGAGCAGGCACAGUUCUGCUUUGCUUUUGUCUUCCUAGGUGUACCUCCUGUUUAUAAAGAGCUUGUUCUUCAUGUUUUGAGCACUUUAUGAAGAAUAAAAAAUUAACAUACUG